GGAAACAAAACCCGUUCAGUUAUCAGCAUAGACUCCUUUCUUUACCCCAGACAGACUUAUCGGCCGAGAUGAGCAGCACCCCGGGGGAUUAUGACGCGGUCCGCAAAGACAUCGCCGCUCAACUGAAAAAGCCCGAUUAUGACGACGGAAGUGCCGGUCCUGUUUUUGUUCGUUUAGCAUGGUCAGUCCUGCCCACCAUUCAAGUCAUCCUGUCUCCAAAGUAUCGACUAAUCCCAUUCUAGGCAUUCCGCAGGUACAUACGACGCCGAGUCCGACACGGGCGGCAGUAACGGGGCAGGCAUGCGCUAUGAAGCUGAAGGCGGGGACCCAGCCAACGCGGGCCUGCAAUUCGGCCGAGCGUUCCUCGAGCCUGUAAAGAAGAGCCACCCCUGGAUCACAUACUCUGAUCUGUGGACCCUGGCUGGUGUCGUCGCCAUCAAGGAGAUGGGUGGCCCCGAAGUCCCAUGGCAACCGGGCCGAACAGAUCUCGUGGACGACUCCAAAGUGCCACCACGCGGCCGCUUACCCGACGGUGCACUGGGAGCCGACCACCUCCGGUUCAUCUUCUAUCGGAUGGGCUUCAACGACCAAGAAAUUGUCGCGCUGGCGGGCGGGCAUAAUCUCGGCCGCUGCCAUACCGACCGCAGCGGGUUCGAAGGGCCAUGGGUCAACAACCCCACCCGAUUCUCUAACCAGUUCUUCAAGCUGCUGCUGAAACUGGAAUGGACGCCUAAGAAGUUGGGUAAUGGUAUGUCGCAGUUUGUCUUCGUGGAUCCCGAUGCGGAGGAAGGCGACGAGAUGUUGAUGAUGCUGCCCACGGAUAUCGCGCUGAAGACGGACGAGAAGUUCCGCGAGUGGGUGGUGAAGUACGCGAAGGAUAAGGAUUUGUUUUUCGAUCACUUUGCCAAGGCUUUCGCGAAGUUGAUUGAGCUGGGGAUUAAAAGAGAUGAGAAGGGCUUGGUUGUCAACGCGGAUAACGUCAAGGGUGGCUAUAUCUCAGCGCCGAAGAAGAGCGACACUCCCACUGGUCCGCCAAGGGAAUCGAAGAAAGAAGCUGUCCGUGCGAGGUUAUAGAUGC